UCAUCAGACGUAAGCGCGCGCCUUUUAUGACAUCACGAGUAAUCCGGCGACAUUCCACAGCGUCAGUGUCAAGUGAAGCAAACAAUAGCUGUUCAGUUCCCUGUCGCUGCACGGAAGUCUAUCUGAGUUUCAGAUGACUCUUUUGUGCGAACCCUGUGGCUUGUGAUGGCGAAUGAUGAAAGACUGAUCUAAGCUGACAAGUGGCUGCGAUCUCGUGUCACACACCUGGACUGAUCUGGAGAGGAUGGCGCGAAAGAUUGGCCACCGGAGGCAGGGGAGUAUUGAGCUUUUAGAAAGCAUCGGCGUGGUGAAUGAGAAUGGCUGUGGAAACCCAUCUGUGCCACCAGUGCAAACUCCUCUGACGUUCGAUUAUGUUCUGGUGGCAAAAAUCUCAGAUGAUGAGAACAGCCAGUUGGUCGGAAAAGAGAAAGCUUUCAUUGAAACUUUAGAGAAGAAAUUAAAUGUAUAUAAAUUCAGAAAUGAUGAUGAUGACAAGGUGUUUUAUUGCAUCAGAGCACCAGAAAAGAUUUUUGAGACAUACCGGUAUCUCUUGAAAGUGUCUGACGCCUGUAACUGGAGCUGUGAGCAGCAGGGUACUAUACCUCAGUCAACCAGGAUUCGUAUAGUUGAUUUCAUUCUGCAUCACACACACAUUGAUUCAGAGGAGGGUGUUUCAGAAUAUCUGCCAGAUCUCAUGAAAAAAAAUGUUUUUGAGACUCACUUUUGUUUACAUGAGAAAAAGGAGCAGAAAGACCUGAAGCAGAGCUGGGCUCGAUGGUCUGCUUGUUUCAGAGGGCAACCCAUCACUAACGUCAGAAACUACCUUGGUGAGAAGGUGGCUCUGUAUUUCCUGUGGCUGGGUUGGUACACAUUUCUCUUGAUUCCUGCUUCUCUAAUUGGUGUGGUAGUCUUCCUGUAUGGUCUGGCCUUUUACAACACAAGUCCUCUCAUAAAGGAGGUGUGCCAGUCAAACGUAAUUAUGUGCCCUCUGUGCGAUAAUACAUGCAAAGUUUGGGAGCUUUCUGACACCUGCAUGUAUGCAAAGGUGAGCCUUCUGUUUGAUAAUGAGGGAACAGUAGCUUUCGCCAUGUUCAUGGCAGUGUGGGCCACUGUGUUUCUGGAGUUCUGGAAGCGCCACAGAUCAUCGUACGUGUGUGCAUGGAAGGUCUUUGACUGGUGUGAAGAAGAGGAGGAGCUGAUUCUGGAGAUUGUAAAUAAUGCACACUGUAAGCCCAAGAUGCCCAGGCACUCUUAUCUGCGCUCCACUAUAGUACUAGUUUUAGUCACACUCAUGUUGCUGGUCAUCAUUGGUCUGACUCAUGUCCUGGUUGUGAGUCGAGUGAUCGCUACUGUGCUGCUGGCCGAAAACAGUAGUUGGCAGGUCAUUACUGACAAUUCACAAACAGUUGGUGUGAUGCUCGGAGCCGUGCUUCACUACAUCACCAUCACCGUCAUGACUCGGGUCAACUGUAUAGUGGCCAUGAAGCUGAGUGAAAUAGAGAAUAAGCACUCCAAUGCUGCGGUUGAAAGGAGUUUCACAGUCAAGAUGUUCAUAUUCCAGUUCUUUACCAUGUUCUCCUCUCUCAUAUACACAGCUUUCUUUCUGGGAAGGAUCAAUGGUCACCCUGGAGGAUAUGUGAGGAUAUCUGGCAAAUGGAGACUGGAGGAGUGUCACCCAAGUGGCUGUCUCACAGAUUUGUUCAUUCAGAUGUCUAUAAUCAUGGUACUUAAACAGACCUUCAACAAUAUCUUUGAAUAUUCUGGUCCUUGGUUUAGUCGGUGGUUGAAGAGGAAGAAGGCCCAGAAGUUUAGGAGAAAGUGUGCCAGAUGCUUUAAGAAGGAGGAAGGAUCCGAACUCUGUGAGAUCUGCAAACUCGAAGACCUCCACAGAAACUACAGCCUGAUUAAAACGGACUGCUUCAGCCUCUUUAAUGAGUUCUUGGAAAUGGUGAUCCAGUUCAGUUUUACUACUAUCUUUGUAGCAGCAUUUCCUUUGGCACCUUUGCUGGCUCUUCUAAACAACAUAAUUGAGAUCCGAUUGGAUGCCAUUAAGAUGGUCAGCCUUGAGCGCAGACUAGUGCCAACGAAGGCCAAUGAUAUUGGUGUUUGGACAGAUGUGCUUGAGGCGAUUGGUGUGCUUGCAGUCAUUGCUAAUGGACUGGUCAUUGGUAUAUCCUCUGAUUUCAUUCCUCGACUGGUUUACCAGUACUUCUAUGGGCCUUGUGCCAGCGACAGUGCUACUGGCAUCGAUUGUAUGGUUGGAUACAUAAACAACACUCUGUCCAUUGCCAAUAUAAGUGAUGAGAGAGUCAGAGGAGAUUUCAGAAGUAGACAAAUGGUCACUUACAGUGGCAUCAGUGUGACACACUGCAGCUACAGGGACUACAGAAGUACUGAAGACUUUAGUUUAACUAAUCAGUAUUGGGUCAUUCUGGCAGCACGAUUAGUCUUCAUCAUUGUGUUUGAGCAUGUAGUGGUGAUCUGUAAGUGUGUAGCGAGCUGGUUCGUCCCUACCUCACCCCUGGAUGUGAGAAAUGAAAGACUGUUUGAUAAACUCAGGAGACUUAAGGAAGAAUUGAGAGUUCAAAGAGCACAACAGGACCCUUUGACCAAACUAAACGAGAAUGGAAAUGCAAAAAGAACAUCUAAACUGAAAAAAGCAAAUAAGCUAAAUAGUAUGUGAGAGAAACUAGCUAAAACUAGAUGCCUCCUCGUAAAACUCUUGUCUUCAAUCUAGAAGCCUCUGAAUUUCGACUGUUGCUAGUCACCUUUAUUAAAAAAUGUUUUAGAUUUUAAAGGUUGGUUACAUUUUUAAUUAUGUAUUGCAUCUCACAGUUUGUAAAU